GUAUAUGGCACACAACAGUCUUCUGCGAAAGGCAGAAACCCACUCUUCCCCAUCCAUGAUAGUAGAGUAUAAUACCCAAGCCUACUCUUCGCUAAAAGAUAGGUGGGCCGCCUCAAAUCACAGUAUACAGCUGAAAUCAUUCCCUAAAGAGUAUCGACAGCGUAAGAUUUCUCUAACCUUCAUGUCCCUCGCUCCGUCGAAGUUAAUUGCGUGUACAAGAGAAGUGAAGAAAACGCUCAUAAUACAGAGUCAAGCAAAUUGGGUAACAUGUUAAUGUUCUCUUCUCAUCGAUGUUCCACCUAUCUAGCGAGCUUGUUUCGUACUUGGUCCCCAUCCUUUUGUCCUCACAUUCACGCUACGCGCCUAUUCAGGCUAGUCGCCAUGCAGAUCAAGAAUCACGACAUCUCACCCCAAGAUUCGCACACGAUCGCUUCCACCACGGCCGCAUAAUGGCAUCGGCAACAGCUCCUGAUCGCGAUACGAUAAGCUCUCCAUGGAGGCAUUUCGUUCCUCAAGUCCAAUAAGAUGCUCUGAUUAUUCGCGCCAUGGCUUUGGCCUGCACCAUGCAAUCCAAUACGAUGGAAAUCCACAGAAUUGCAUCAUCCUGCUUUUGCAACACGUUUUGGAACAUGUUUAAGAGCUGGUAUCCGCGGCUUGUUUUCUCUUCCACUCGGCAUCUUGUUUGAAUUACUGGUUCCCCGGAUCUCGCCAAACCUGGAACUAUGGCUUCGGAGAAAAUGAACACUGAGCUGGAAGGCCCUGGCGCAUCGACUUCCUCGAAUGAUGACCUUGAUGUCCUGGAGUCUACGACUUUGAGCGAGAAGAAACUUCUGCGCAAGCUUGACUUGAGACUGCUACCGGCUGUCUCAAUCUUGUACCUGCUUUCAUUCUUGGACCGCAGCAAUGUUGCCAAUGCCAGAAUCGAGGGUCUUGCGAAAGAUCUGGGUAUGACGGGCAAUCAGUACCUGACCGGUCUCACCUUGUACUUUCUCGGCUAUGUGCUUUUCGAAUUGCCCUGCAACAUCAUCCUGAAACGCACAACACCAAAGUUCUGGCUUCCGACAUUGACUAUUGCGUGGGGAAUUGUUGCGACGCUGAUGGGUGUUACGCAAAAUCUUGCUGGCUUCUUCGUGGUACGAUUCUUCUUGGGUGUGACUGAAUCAGGCCUGUUUCCGGGUGUGGUAUAUUACCUGUCGAUGUGGUAUAAGCGGGAUGAGCGCCAAUACCGCAUUUCACUCUUUUUCUCGUGUGCGUCGCUGGCUGGUGCUUUUGGUGGAAUUUUGGCAUACGGCAUAGGACAUAUGCGAGGGGUUGGAAACUACGCUGGAUGGCGAUGGAUCUUCAUUCUUGAAGGCCUACUCACCAUCGUCGUCGCCGUAGUCGCAUACUGGUUCAUCUCAAACUAUCCUGAAAGCGUCAGCUGGCUGUCCAAGGAAGAGCGAACAUUGAUUCAAGCUCGAUUGAGAGUCGACAGUGACGCAACCAACGAUGAAAAGUUUACCUGGGGCGCUGUUUUAGAAGCAAUGAAGGAUGUCAAGGUCUGGCUCUAUGGCGCUUGCUUCCACACUAUGAGCCUUCCUCUCUACACCCUUUCGCUGUUUCUGCCGACCAUCAUCAACGAUAUGGGGUACACUGCAGCCCAAUCUCAGCUCCUGACUAUACCUCCCUAUGCAGCUGCCACGAUCUUGACCGUAGGCUGGGCGAUUCUAGCGGAGAAGUACAAGCGCCGUGCUCUCUUCACCCUCAUAACCUCCUCGCUCGCCAUCGUAGGCUACAUAAUCCUUUUAGCGAACAAGCAUCCCAAACAAAAACCCGGAAUAUCCUACCUCGGAACGUUCUUCGCAGCAAUGGGCAUCUACCCGUCUGUCGCUCUCGUUCUCUCCUGGCCUGCCGUCAAUGUAUCCGGACAAACAAAGCGUGCAACAGCAAACGCAAUGCAAAUUUCUAUUGGCAACCUGGGUGCUGUUAUUGGAACGCAGUUGUAUCGACCAGCGAAUUCGCCGCGGUAUGUAGUUGGGCAUUCUGUCGCGCUGGGAUACUUGAUCGGAAAUGUUGUUGUUGUCACGCUUCUGUGGCGGAUCCUGGCGAAAGAGAAUAGGGAGAAGGAAGAAUUUCUGGCGGCGCAUCCCGAGACGAAGGGCUUCCACGACAGUAUGGAAGAUCUGAAGCAAGGCGAUAGGCAUCCAAGAUGGCACUUUAACACUUGA